UGUCAAAAUGUAAUAAUGAACCAAACGUGCCCUAACUAGCUCCUCCCCCACUCCGAGGAGACUUCGCUUCUACUGCAUCACUUCGCUCGCUCGACCAUAACCGCACCACCACGCCACCACUACUACCAGCCACAGCUCAACGCUCGACAGCCUCAUCAUCACUCGCAGUACGCCACCCGCGCGCGCCGCUCGCUGGUGUGGUGGUGUGAUAAGCCGCUGCGCAGGCACGAGUGCGCGACAGGCAGGGGCGAGCUAGCUCUGCGCGCGUAGCCGGUGGAAAGGCGGGGGAAGAGAGAGAAGAGGAGAGCGCGCGCGGCGGCUACCAUGGGCGCCGGGAUCAGGAUCCUGGCGGCGCUCCUGGCGCUCGCGUCCGCCGCCGGCGUCGUGACGCGGUGCGCGGCGCAGCUCCGGCAGGACUACUACGCCGCGGUGUGCCCCGACGUGGAGAGCAUCGUGCGCGACGCCGUGUCCAAGAAGGUCCAGGAGACGCCCGUCGCCGUCGGCGCCACGCUCCGCCUCUUCUUCCACGACUGUUUCGUCGAGGGAUGUGACGCGUCGGUGAUCUUGGUGUCGACGGGGAACAACACGGCGGAGAAGGACCACCCGACCAACCUCUCCCUGGCCGGCGACGGCUUCGACACAGUCAUCAAGGCGAAGGCGGCCAUCGACGCGGUGCCGCAGUGCACGAACCAGGUGUCGUGCGCGGACAUCCUCGCCAUGGCCACCCGAGACGUCAUUGCCCUGGCUGGCGGGCCGUCGUACGCCGUGGAGCUCGGGAGGCUGGACGGGCUGAGCUCGACGUCGACCAGCGUCGACGGGAAGCUGCCGCCGCCGUCGUUCAACCUGGACCAGCUGACGUCGCUUUUCGCCGCGAACAACCUGUCACAGACAGACAUGAUUGCUCUAUCUGCGGCGCACACGGUGGGGUUCGCGCACUGCAGCACGUUCUCGUCGCGGAUCCAGCCGGCGGCGGUGGACCCGACGAUGGACCCGACGUACGCGACGGACCUGCUGGCGGCGUGCCCCGCCGGCGUGGACCCAAACGUCGCGUUGGAGAACGACCCGAUCACCCCUCACGUCUUCGACAUCCAGUACUUCGUCAACCUGGUGAACGGGCGCGGCCUCUUCACCUCCGACCAGGUGCUCUACUCCGACACCCGCUCGCAACCCAACGUCAUCGCGUGGUCGCAGAACGCCACCGACUUCGAGCAGGCGUUCGUCGCCGCCAUGACCAACCUCGGCCGCGUGGGCGUCAAGACCGACCCGUCGCAGGGGAACAUACGCCGCGACUGCGCGUUCCUCAGCUGAUCCGAUCCGUCUCUGGAACUCUGAACCGUAGCUGUAAGCUGAUGGGAGAGAGCAUGAACAUAUAAGGGGUGAUCUCAAGUGUUGAUAUAGAUUUUAGCGUGCAAGUUUAAUCAUAUCAUCACAAGGUUAAACGGUUGAUGCCAAGAAUAUUGAGCGAAUGAUAGUAGUACUUAGGCAAAUGUAUUCGUUUUCCUUUUUGUUCAAUCUCGGAGCAAGAUUUAAUCGAACAUUUCUUCUGUUCU